UGCCCCUUCGGGCAAAAGGAGAGGAGUCAGCCUGGAGAGCCCAGAGCAGGGAAGAUGAUCCUUGCCAAAAGGAAGUCCCCGGGUUAGAGGUCCUCCUCAUAGGAUCUUCUCUGGGCCCUUCGUAGAGGGCCCAGAGGGCUGGAGAGUGAUGAACACCAUCGAGGGAGAGGCCAGGCAUGCCCUGGGGUCACACUAAUUUUCGGGUCCAGGGGUCAGAACCGGAAGGGUUUUCCCAUGAUCACCAUCAGAAGCGCCCUGCUGUGCAAGUUGCCAGUCAUGGAAAAAGAAGUCCACUGGGGCUGUUUCUAAAGCUGCCGCUGGAACCCAAACUAUCUCCAUCGCAGCCAGUCCAGAGGAAAUCUACUUAUCUCCCAAGAACUCAAGAGCAGAAAACACUCCAGGGCCCAGGGGGCUUGUCUUCUGAUGGAGACUUGCGCCUCAACUGGGUCAUGAAGCCCAGGCCUGUGAUCCCAACAGGGCAAGGAUCUAAGGGAAAACCACCGGGCUUCCACUUGCCUACCUUCCCACAGCAGGUCCAGCAGAAGCAGGAGAGGCUGAAGUCCAAGGUGUUUCCAUUCUGGGAACAUGCUAACAGUGUCCAGAGUGGAAAAACGGGCCCUGCAGUCCCCAAGACAGAGACCCGGGCCACUAAUGAGAGAGAAAAUUCCCAGUGGAGCACAGGCUGGGGAACAAAGAACUUCUCAAGCCCAGGCCUGGGAGAGUUACACCCCACCAAGCCCAAAAUCUCAUGGGAACCAAAAGAGGCCAAUAGUACUUCUCAUCUACAACACUCAUCCUCACUUCCCUUCCUAAGAGGCAGUACUUCUGGCACCGGCCGUGACUCACCCUGCUAUUGUUCCAUUUGCUUUCCUUCUCCAGUUUUUGGGAAUCUUGUGAAGGUUGUGCCAAUGAAGAAGACCCCAGUGAAUACCCCAACUGCCAAUCAGAAUACAUCCACUAUGGCCAAGAAUUCCCAAGUGCCAAAGAAUAAUAAUAAGCAAACUGUGAAGCUUAAAUCAGCUCUUAUUACCAGCUGCUCAGAUGGUACACCAGGGUCCCAGAGACGGUUCCAUCCAUUUCGGGUUCGCUUUGAAGAUGAAAGUCCCAAGGAUAUGGCACUCCGAUACUGGGAGAGGAACUAUGAGGUUCAGAAAAGCCUCCACAAGAGCACAGUCGCAUGUCAGUCCCCAGAACAGAUGCCAGGAAAACCAGGAAUAUGGAUGGAUGGAGUUUCAAGGAGUGGACCUCAGCAGACAAACUUGUGGCAAGAUGAAUCCCUUUGUGAUACCAGAAGGAACAUCUUACCCACGUCAUUCCAGGGCUUGUCUGCUGAUAACCUAAAGAAGACGACCAAUUACAGCGCUGUGUUUUCUAGUCCACUGGCCACCGUCGACUUCUCUGACACCAAGCCGUUCCAGGACCUGAUCACGGAUCACCCGAAGAAGAGUUCCACCUGCAGCAAUCCCUACUCCAGCCCCCUGAGCAGCAUUGAUUUCUCUGGUACCAGCCCCAUCCAGGACCUGCCUGCCGAUACUAUGAAGAAGAAUCCCACCUACAGUGCCGUGUGCACGUCUAGUCCAUUGGCUGGUCUUGACUUCCCUGAUACCAAGCCCUUGAAGGAUCUGUCUAGCGAUCUCUCUACACACACCUCCUUGUUCUCCAGCCCAGCAACCACCAUUGACAGGUCAAAAAGCCGAUCCUUCAAUAAUAGGACCACUCCUGCGAGAGAAAACUCUCCUUCUUUGUGGGUUCCCAGAAUGGAUUCCUAUGGACCUCACUGGAAGUUGUCAAACAGCUGGAGGGGAGGACAACCAACAGUUUACCCAAUCUUCCCUUCACUUACCCAGAUCCGGGCUCAAAGGUCUGAAAGUCCCAAGCACAACAGCCCUGAGCCUCCCAAACAGACAAUUAGCCCAAGUGGCUCCUGAACAACAAGGCAACAUGGUAAUAUGGUAAUAAUCCCAGGGGCAUAGGGGCAGAGGACAAAUUCAGCAACAACCUCUGCCCCUUUCCAGCCCCUGCGACACUUCCCUCUCUCCCCAAAAAUAAAGUUACCUAAAAGCA